UUCUUCUUCUGUUUGUUUUGUUCCUCCGUCCGUCCCGGGCAGUGUGCGUGUGCUGGCGUUGGAGAUGAACGCGUCUGACUUCACUGUUGCGAAAUUCAAAAUGAUCUAUUGACUGAAAGCGCUCGUGAGGGGCGGCCCCGGGGAGGAGGGGCGCUGGUGCGGGUAGGAGGGGGACACCACCUGAUAACAGUGUGAGUGAGGACUCUACUACGGUGUGACAGGUUCGUCCCGAACCGGAGGAACGACUCGUCGCUCGUCACUUGGACUCGGUCGCUGAAAUGGCACCGGGGCGCGUGAAAUAGCGGGGCGCCACAUCCCAGCUGGGCAGAGGAGUCACUGAACUCAGGGUUCAGUGUCUCGCCCAAAGACACUUUGACCACGCGCACUGAAGGAAGCAGGGAUCGAAUCUCCGACUCUGGUCAGUGGACGACCCGCUCUAACGCCUGAGCCGCAGCCGGCCCUUGUAUGCGUUGUUACAUUCUUCCCAGAGAUGGGUCAGGCACUGUGGAGGCUGCCUCCCAGACAACAGCAGCAGCUUCAGGAAGAGCUCGCCGGCCGACUGGCUGACCGUGGAGGAGGAGGAAGAUACGACCAUGAUGGAGGUCCCCAGAGGAGAGCUCCUCAGCACUGUUAUGGCCCUGACAUCUACCAUCUGCUGAGAACAUGCAGGGGAGGUAAUGAGCGGCGUGGAUUUAUAGAUCUGCAGAUGCUCCCACCUGAACUUGGCAUCACCAUACUGUCGUACUUGAAUGCAACUGAUCUGUGCCUGGCCGGUUGCGUGUGGCAGGACCUGGGACACGAUGAGUAUCUGUGGCAGGGACUUUGUAAAUCCACGUGGGGACACUGCUCCAUCUACAACAGAAGACUGCCGGCUGGUUUCUCAUACAGAAGACUGUACCUACAACUCGACGAAGGGAGCCUGACAUUCAACGCCAGCCCACAGGAGGGUAUUGGUUAUUUUAUGUCUAAAGGUAUACUACUGGAUCAUCCGCUCGAGCUGGCUAAGUUCAUUUUCUACACCAGACGGCUCAACUGGAAGAUGCUAAGGAUUUACUUGGAUGAGAGGCGGGAUGUCCUCGAUGAGUUGGUGACCCUCCACAACUUCAGUAACCAGUUCCUCCCCAACGCUCUGCGGGAGUUCUUCAGACACAUCCACGCGCCAGAGGAGAGAGGGGAGUAUCUGGAGACCCUCAUCACAAAGUUCAGCCACAGGUUCUGUGCCUGUAAUCCAGGUCUUGUCCGAGAGCUGGGCCUCAGUCCAGAUGCUGUGUACGUGCUCUGCUACAGUCUGAUCCUCCUGUCCAUCGACCUGACCAGUCCCCACGUCAAAAACAAGAUGUCCAAGCGGGAGUUUAUCAGGAACACUCGCCGAGCAGCACAUAACGUCUCGGAUGACUUUGUCGGCCACCUCUAUGACAACAUAUACCUGAUCGGCCAUGUGGCCGCAUAGCUGCGCAUACCAGAUGCCGGGGAUUAUAUCCUUGUCCUUCACGAUCAGGAAGUGGUGAGGAGGAUCCUACAUUAGUCUGGAAAGUCUGGAAAACUGUCCCUCGAGGAAUAUCACACUAAAGGAGACUUAUUUAAAGUUUAGUAAAGCAAACAAUGUUCACCACUUCACUGUGAGACUGACCAAAUAUUAACGACGUGAUUAGAGUAUAGUCACAGGUCAUUAUGAACAACGAAGGAGUUGGAAUUAAUGAAGACAAGGCACACUGCACUGAUGGACUGGAGCUUCUGAUUGGUGGAGGAACAGUGAUCUCAGCCUGCCACAGGUGCUGUCCUAUUGGACAGGAGCAGCCUCUCAGUCACAUUCUUGAAGGAAGUGACACCUACGAUCAUGCACUAAUAAAGUAUUUACCAGUGUGACUACUGACAGAGCUAUGUCGGAGCUAACCCUUGACACGUUGUCCCAUGGUAACAACCAGAGUCAUGAACCAGAAGAAAGUUUUUGUAUUUUCAUCCUAAAUCCUUUUUCCUUGUGUGCUCCAAGUCAAGUUCAACACAAUCUGACCUGGUUUGUUGUAAAUGGCUUGUUUUACUCCUGAGGAGGAGCAUGCAUGUGAGAUUUGAUCAUUGGCAUAAUUAUGACCCCUAAAGUCUUAUCUGUUUCACUCCGUUUGUGGGGUGAAAAGAAGACUUAGAAUUUUUCUAAAUUGUGACAUUAUGAAUAAUAAGUUAAACCAGUUUUUUUUUCCCCUGAGAAAAAACAAACUAUCUGCACAUCUCAUACUCCUCUAGUUAUGAAUUCUCGUACAUCUGGGUUCUUGUAUGAGGCCCAUUGUCUGCACACAUUAAUGAUUUAAUACAUUAAAUAGUCAAAUACACAUGUAUUAUUUUUGUGUUGUGGGAACCAACUACUGCUGUGAGUCCACAUGCUUCUUCUGCUGCAAGUCAAGAUGAGUAGCACAAUGAAAAUGGUCAUUAGUACUUUGACAGUCAUGGAUUGUGAUGGACCGGACUAAAGUUCUGUCGUCGCAAUCAAGGAAAUCGCUAAAGUCAAGUGCAAAAAAAGGUAAUUGAAAAAAGUGUGGGGGAAAAGAUAAGACAUGUAAUGUUAGCUCUUGGACAGAACUACUAGGUCUCAGUAUAUGAAGUUCAUGUGGCUAAAAAUAAUAAAAAGCUAUAAUUUCGUAUUUUUGUACAAUGCACAUCUACUGUGCAAAAGUCACCAAAUGUUUACCUUGUUCAGUCCACUGCCGUCACAUUAUUAUGUAGUAUUACAUGAAUUUUUAUUUGACAUGCAGUCUGACUUCAUUACACCACUACAGCUGCUAUGGGGUCGUUCCUCCGGGAAUGAAGAGGAGACAUCUGGAAUUGUGGAGGACUAAACUACAGUAGAGAAGAUGUGGUGUGAAUCAGUCCAACAAUGACCUGAAUGUAGAGUUGUCCCUCUGCAGGCAGCAUAGUGUCACGACGGACAGGAUGGCAGUGAGGUCGUAUUCUCUUUAAUUUAUGAAGGAAGCUCACAUCCUGUAAAUGUUUGACUUUCUAAAUCUGGGCUUGGCUGUACACUGGCAUGUUUCAAACACCUGCAGUCGGUCAGCUGGAGGUUUUACAAGAAGGCGUGUAGGAGAGAAAUCCUGCAUCAGUUAUUCGAUGUUUAACACUGAACAUUUAACUCCGUGACGCAUAUGAUCCGGACAUGUCGCGAAGACGAAAGCGAUCCAUGUGUUUUCUUUUCUCCGCAAGGAUUUGAGUUAGUCUCAUUGACAACAGCAAGGCCUGGAAAGACGUGCACAGGAGGAACACGACUACAAACACAGUAUGUGCAUCUAAAUAAUUACUUUUAAGGAAACGAAUCCAAAAUGUGCAGGGAAAUUCAGUCAGGCACAACGCUUAAAAAACAGACACGGGGGUCAUUUAACAGUAGUGUUCAUGAAGUCAGUGAUUUCAAGUCCUGCGACCUUAGCAACCAUAGAGGUCAUUUGUCAUCCCACUCUAACGCAGCCCUGGGGACUGGUCCUGGAUGAACGUCCUGACCAGAUACACUGUUAAAAAUCACUGUGGACUCUUCACUGGCGCGACGAUGCUCUGCUAAAGGUUUUGUGGGACUGAGUUAGGUUCAGGGAAUGUUAAAAAUAUAAACCUCCUUUGCUACUCUCACCACUAGAGGUCAGUCACUCACACUAAGCUGUUGUAUCAACAGUCAAACUCGGUUGUAAUAAAUUUCUUGCAGCAAA